AUGGUUGAUCGACCCGGCCGAUACGUCGCUGGGGCCAAAGUUUCGUGUUCCGAGAUCCGAGACGCGACCGUGGGAAAUGAGGCCUGGGGCACCCAACGGAAUUCGCCCCAGCUCGGAGGCUCGGAGGCUCGCGAGCUCGGUGUCAUACUACAAGAAGCCGUACGGCAUACCGAGAUGGAGAUCACAAACAGGUCUUUAUCUGGGAGCCCUGGAGCCGACCUAGCCGGUCGAUCAUAUAUAACGGCGAUGCUGAGCACGAUAGACUCGAAUCCAUCAGCAAUAACUUCAUAA